UUGAAUCCUCCCAUAUACAUACAAACUGCCACUAAACACCAGAAUUCGACACCCUCUUGACAUAAGGAAAGGAGAGCCAGGGAGAGAGAGAGAGAGAGAGAGAGAGAGAGAGUAGAAGCAAGAAGUUCUUCAGAUUCUGGCAAGCUUAUUUGCAUACGAUCGAGCAUGCCUGCCCGAACCAAAGAACAAGAUCCGGUGGCGAUCCGUAUCAAUGACAGGCUUGACAAGUUAAGAUCCGACUCGUCCUCUAACAGAGGUCUCUCUGGAGUGCACGAUCGACUACACAAAGUCAACCCCGUCGAACCAGUAAUCCUCGCUGUCGGUCCUCGUUUUCACGGCCGACGGAAGCUACAAGAGAUGGAGAAGCAAAAGUUCAGGUACUUCAAACAGCUCGUCGAACGGAACAUUAACAACAUGACGGGUUUGAAUGAAUAUGUGAACGAAAUUCGAGGAUUGGAAGCAAGAGCACGGGAAUUUUAUCAGCUAGAUGAUCAGAUGGCUAGCAUUAACAGCGACGAUUUAGCAGAAAUAUUGCUUAUUGAUGGUUGCUUCAUUGUCGAGUUGCUCCGCAAGUACAAAAACAGAGCACAGUUGCGAGGAGACGACCCUAUUUUUCGGUUGGAUCAACUCCGAUUCGUCCUAAGGCGAGACCUGAUUCUACUCGAGAACCAGCUACCGUUCUUCGUUCUCGAUCACUUGUUCAGGAAAACUAGGGGUCCCGGCGAAGAAGACCAUCUCAUCCCCUUGGCCCUAGCAUUUCUGGAGCAGAUCAUGCCAAACCAGAAGCUAGAAGUUGUCAACUAUAUCGGUAGCCACGAAGUCAAGCAUCUCCUUGGGCUAGUGCAUUCUAGCUGGGGCCACCGUUUCGUCCAAGCUCUCGGUGAGACCAACAGAGUUAGCCAAGACGACGUAGAAGACAUUUGGGAGUUCAUAGAAUCGGCCACUGAGCUGAAAGAGGCCGGCGUGGAGCUGAAGAUGAUGAAGAGCAGAAGCAACUUGUUCAGCAUACAAUUCAACAAGAAAACAGGGGUUCUGGAGAUGCCCUGUCUGUGCAUCGGAGAUUACACACAGUUUCCCCUCAGGAACCUACUUGCAUACGAGCAGGAUCACCUCCAAGCCGAUGAUCAGCCCAAGUACGUUGGUCACUACCUAGCGUUCAUCAACUGCCUGGUGCAGUCCCCCAAAGACGUUCAGCUGCUUCGCCAGAAAAGAGUCAUUGAAAGCUGGUUGGGCGACGAUGCCGCGGUUUACAACAUGCUGAAAGGCGUGUACAGGUUCGUGCUGAUUUCUGCCGGCAACUACAGUUACUCCCGAGUUUGCAUGGAUGUGAACCAUUACUGCAAGCGGCACAGAGACGACUGGAUGACGAAGCUCAAGAUUGGUGGCGGCUUCUUGCUGUUUCUCACUUUGGUACAAACUCUAUUUACCAUUGUUUCUUGUUUUAAAGGCAACUAAUUAAGUAUCAUUUAACAUUUAUUUCUCAA